AUGUUCCGACGAACACUCUUGAGAUCUGGAUCGCCCAUCAUCUGGAGACCACAUCGUGUAAAUUUCCAUAGGAAUAUGCAGAGUCUACCCAAUCUACAACAGCAGGGAAAUACAGCUGAUGGAUCAGCCAAUCAUUCGGGAGGCCAGGAUUCCACUUCUCCUCAAGAUCAAACGGUCAGUCUUCUUUUGAAUCAGCCAAAGGGAAAUACACUCACGAACCAUGGCUAUUCCCACGAUAUAAACAGCAUCACGGUCAAAGAGAUGCUAAGCGAGAGGGAGUCAAGACUACAGAAAUUGGAAUACAAUUCUCAAUUUUGUAAAAAGAAACUGGACGAUAUUCAGUUAAGCCAACAAAAAUUGAAAGACGAUAUCAAGAUAUUACAAACUUAUAGAGACCGAGAAUAUGCUGGAGGGGUGGUUAGCAUAAGGAAUCAACUGGCUCAGAUGUUUCUCCGCACGACGCAAAUUGUACAACGUAAACAGCAAAUUGCUAAUCCAAUCGAUAUACGAGUCAAUGUAUACGAUCAAAACGAAUUAGCAUACGACGUCAAUUUGUCAACAACAAUAAAUCAAGCUGACAUGCACCCUGACUACUUUGAUAUCUGUUUAGAUACGGUUUUCGGAGCACCAAAGAAUCACAUCAAAAUUUUACUUGAAUGGGAUAAGACUGGUGAAAAUCAAGUUUACAGCAUUUUAAGUGACCAUGGAGAAGCUUGGCACAAGGGUUUUGCCAACACCUGUCCAGCGCCUUUCAGAGACUGGCUGGAAGCAAUAUAUUGUCUUCAUCAUUACGAAUCAAAUAUGCUCCCUGGUGGUUCUUCUCUCGACCAUAUGCUCCCUGGUGGUUCUAGUCUCGAAUAUAUUCGGAUGCAAAAGGAGGGAGUUGAGGAAUGUUUUCAAGAAUGGAACGAAGCUUACACGACGGAUAGGUCAAACUACGGAAAGAAACGAAAGGAAUGUCAAAAAAUAAUUACAGAGGAUUACAGGAAGAGAGGAUUAAUCCCACGAAUCAAGAAGAAUUUAUUCCAUGGGGUGAAGUUGGAUAAAUAG